AGUCAAAAUUAAGCAGAAAUGGCGAAGCUAGGCGAAUUGACGGGGGACGAAAAAUCUUUGUUUUCACAUCUCAACAAAGGUAAAGAGACUACCUCUUCAUUAAUGGGUAUUUAAAAAUUAUUAUUUCAUCUAGGGGUUGUAUUUUCUGUUAUUUUAAGGUGAUUUUGAGGAGGCUUCAAGGCUCUUGCGUUCAGGAAGUGUGAGGAUCGACUGUUUAGAUGAGGUGAAACGAAAAACAAAUGAUAAUUAAGUGCUUAUCGGUUCUCAGAUCCUCGAACUAUAAUUCGAAAAUUUGAUCAGCCUUAAAUUGGUGAAUUUAGGGUCUGAAUAGGUUUUUAUAUUCGUAUCUUAUUUAUGUAUAUUAAAUUAAUGGGCUUUAAAUCCCAGUAUGACCAAAUCCGAAUGACCCGAUUUGCUCUUUGUUGUAUUUCCUCGAAUUUUUGAGGUUGUUGUUUUUUUGAUUGUGUAUUUGUUUGUUUGUUUUUUUUUCAGUGCAGCUGAUUUCAAAACUGAUAUAGAAACAGUUUUAUUCUUGUUAGCAAACCUGCCAUCUUUUUUUUAUUGGUAGACCGACAUUUUCUCGGAAAAUGGUAUUCGACUCGAUAUGAUUUAUUUUCACUCAUCAUAAAUAUGUCCACCAAUUUUUUUUUAAGUUCUUUUUUAUUUCUUUUCCUCUAACCUUUUUAUUAACAGCAUGGCAUGACCCCACUGAUGUGUGCGGCAUACAAAGGCAAAGCAGAAAUGUGUGAGCUGCUGAUAGCUCAAGGAGCAGAUGUGAACUCUAACCACCAUGAACAACAGGUAAUUAAAUCAGACUACAUCAUUCUAAGUUUUCCUCUGAAAAGUUCAAACUGUAGUUCUGUUCAAACUAACCUCUUCUUAGCAGAUUAUGUUCUUGUUUUACCAUUUUCCUUAGAGUGUACAUCUUAUUUGAUUUCUAUCGACAAGAAAUAUAAAUGAAGGAAAAAAGAAUAUAAUGCAUAAAGUUGAUGACAUUGAUACUGAUUUGUAGCUACAAUGGCUGGUGCAAUUUUCUGUGUGUCUUUUUUCUCUGGGAACUUUUUACUUAACUACUCUGUUGGUGUUGUGCAAAUAAGCUUGCAGUAUACAAACAAGUGAAAAAGCAUUUUUUCUUGGAAGUUUAGUCAUUCAAUAGAUGUUGUAUAGGACAAGUUGGUGAAGUUAAGCAAGUUAGGUACCAAAAAAAUUCUGAUGUGUAUACACUUGUGACCUUCUUAACAAGAAUGGUAAUAAACUCAUUUAUUAUAACAAAAUGUUACUUUAACAUACUUCAUAUGGAACAAAGUGACUCAACUCACUGGGUAUGAAAUGGCCCAGCUGGGUAUGAAACCACUGGGUUUGAAACCAAUGUGGGUACCAAACUACUGGUAACCUCCCUUUUGCUGUCUGGAUCCCAAACAAUUGAACUAAGCAGGCAUAGGUCCUGAUUACAAUAUAUAUUUUAUAUUUCUAUGAAUCCAUGUACAAUACACCUGUAGUCCUUAAAAGCUGCAGGGAAGUUGCAACAGUUAAACAAUAAUGUUAGCAUUGUUAACUUAAGAGGAUUAUUUUUACAUUUUCUUUUUCAUGGCAGUACACAGCUCUCAUGUUUGGUUGUCUCUCAGGUAUGUAUCAGAAACUUUAGUUCCCUUCUGAGUCAGUGGCUGAAUUGUAGAUAACUUCAAUUUGUAUAUGUAGGAAUGUAUCAUUUACCAAGGAAUUUAUAUUACCUAUUACUUUAUAACUGUAGGGUCUGUAGAUGCUACAAGGGUAUUGCUUGAAGCUGGAGCCCGGGUUAAUGCAGAAAACAGUCUUGGGAGAACAGCUGCUCAGCUGGGAGCUUUCAUUGGUAAAAACAAUAAUAAUCUGUUUUUUAAAUUAAAGCAGUGAGAUUGAUAUGCAUGAAUUUUGAUCAUCUUUGUGCAAAAUCAAUUUUGCAUGUACCAGUCAAGAUAUUCCAUUGUGACAGCUCAAAGUAAGAGGCAACUUGACAGUGUCUUGUAUUCAAUCAACCGAUAAAACAACAUGCCUACAGUAUAAACAUUUCUUGAUGGUUUCCCUUUUUUUACUGUUAUGUCAUAUGUAUAGGAAUGAAAUUUCUUAUUAUGAACAGGUAUCUUUAUCUUUUUUUAUCCUCACUGAAUGAGUUGAUCAUUUAUUUUUAUUUUACCUUCUCAAUUUUUCCCCUAUCUAGGUCAAAGUGAAUGUGUCAGUCUUAUUAACAACUUCCUGUCAGUGGAUGAUUUGGGAUAUUACACAAAGCCUCAAGGUUAAAUCUGGAUUUCAGUGUGGUUUAAUUUAUUCAUAAACAUAGCUAGUUAGGCCUAUACAAAAGCAGUAGUGUAGUGUGUUGUUGCCAGAGGUAGCAGUAAGUUUUUUACUGUUGAAUUGACAACUUUUUUAGAAAGUUAUUUCUAAGAAAAAAGGAGAUCAUUGGUUGCUUUUUUUAGCAUCUUCCUUUGACUUUAUGAAUGUAUACAGUUACUAUUAAGAGAUAAGUGCUAAGCAGCCCUGUUAAUUGUGGGGGAUCCCUUCAUUCACAGACUUUGAAACAGGCACUUAAACACUUCCUGACUGAUACAAGAGAAAUUUUGAAUUCAUGAAAAUUAUAUGUAAUGAUACAUGUAGUAUGAGUUGGAUGUGAGCGGCAUCUACUAGACUGUAUUAUCAUAGACAUGUACCAUAUUAUUUAAUAAUAGUUUAUCUACAGGCCUGGAAAAAGAACCCAAGCUAUCAGUGGCCUUGGUACCAGCACUCCACAAGUUUGCUGUCAGUCAAAAUUUAUGCCCAGUGAAGGUAAUUUUCUUAAGAUCUUGACAAGUUUGAUUGUUUUCUGGGUUCUAAUUUGAAUAGUUCAGGACAAAAAUAGCCAUAGGUGUUUUGCUCUUUGUUACAAAGCAACCAUUAAUAGAGUUAUCCACAGCCAAUUUUACUUUUAAAAAUUUUCAGCUCUGUGCCAGCCAUUGCUGGUGUGCACCUUACAUUUAAACUCUUAGCUUGCCUCCAGGGUACAGAUUAACUCAAUUAAUGACACUCAUAGUUGUAUUUCCUUGUUCUUGGUGACAGAUUGCUAUGUAUCUGCAAGAUAACUUUGAACUUGUUAAGAACUACAAGAGUUUAGUUAAAGUUAUGGAACUCCUAACAGAGUCAAAGAUUAAGUCAAAGGAGAUGCAAGAAGUACUGGCCAUGAAGAUGCACUACCUGGGAUUUAUGUUAAAAAAAUGUGCACACUGGAAUGAAGAACUGGAGGGAAAGGGUGGAAUUGAUGGCUUCAUAAAAUAGUAAGCAGAAAGUGAAUGUAUAAUAUAUAAAAUGAAUUUUAAAGGAGAUUUGAGUUAACAUGAGCAUAUAAGGUACAUGUACAUUUACAUAUAAGGCAUACAUUAAGCUACUCCAUAAAAUUUUUUUUUUCUCACUGGCAAGCAGGCAGAGGCAUCCUUGGAAAUGCUGUAUAGCCAUCCUUAUUUUUUAAAUAUGUCUGUGUACUGUCCAUGCAGAUUUUUAAGACUCUGCAAAAAAUGUAAUCUUGAUAAGCUAAUUGCAUACAAGUGUUGACAUUUGUGGGCGUGGAACUCGUUACUUAGUUGUAGGGAUCUAGAUGAAAAAUUAAGGGUUUCUAUGAGAAACUGUAAUGUUGCCAUGAGACCCAUAUGUACAUCUGUACAUCAAAGAUUUGAACCCAACAUGCUGAGAAAUAAUUGAGCGUUGUUAAAUACUACUUUCCAUAGAAACACGAAAGUAUGGCAGUGUUGAUUAAUCAAAGAAUUAGUGUUCAAGAAAUUUGACGAGACCAUUUUAAGUACCUUCUAUCUAGAAGUCAGUGGAAAAUAACUCAUGUAGUCGAGAGUUUAUUCCUCUCAGCUGGUUAAAGACUAACGUAUUUUUAAAGGUGAUUGACUGAUUGAUUACUGGGUAAUGGAAAACAAAACUCUUUAUUCUCAUGGCCUUAUUUUAAAAUGACAGUGAUUUGCAGAGAUGAAGUGAGCUUUGUCCUCUGUCACUGGGAAGAUAGAAAUGUGAUAUUUCAUGAUUUUCUCUUAACAGCUUAACAAAAGGGCGCUCAUCCGAUGGCUUUUUCAUUAAUAUGGAAGAUAUUAUACGGCAAGCGAUAAAAGAGUUCGAUUAUCCAGAAUGUACCAUUUUCAAACAGCUCGUUCAAACAAUAGCACCUGUAGAAAAGGUAACUGACCUUGAAUUAUUUCUUUGGUUUUUUUUUUUGUUUAUUUAUUUGUUUAUUUAUUUGUUUAAUUUUGCUGAUAGCGCUGAGCAAAAUGCCUUACAAAAAAUGGACAGGUACAAAAUGGUAUAACAGGCGCGGUUGUGUUGUAGGAGUACUGGAUAAACUGGUACGAGUUGUCCGGUUUAAAACGUAGAAAAAGAAAAUGUAGCUCAGAAAUGGGAGAAAGAUGUUUCUUCGUCUUGUCACGCGCGUGGAUCUAAAAGUCCAAGGUGCGAUUCCGCGGUGGAAUCUGAGUUUCUUUUCACUAUCUUUUUCUCUUUACUUCUUUUAUAUAGGGACGUGAUCCAACAGCUCUCGCCGUGAUAACUCAGAGCAUAAAUGGCCUCCGCUGGUAAAGCUUUUUCUGAUACAGUAUUAUUUUAUUGUCCUUUCUCUUUUUUCUUCUGGUAAAAUUCCUCAGUCGUACUGUAUGGUAGAUCAAAUUUUUCGUGGCCUUAUGGCGUUACACUUUUCUACAAUUGAAAGUAAAACUGAGGAGAAAGUAUCGAAUCUUUUGGUUCUUUAUUCCCUGCAGUGGUGACUUUAGUGACUGCUGUGUGGUUUGUAUCGAGAAACGGAAUGUGAAGAAAUGCUCAGCAUGUAAAAUGGUAGGUGCCGUUCAUUCCUUGCCAGCUUCAUUAUACCCUUUGAAUAACAGAUAGAGUUGAAUAUGAGAGGGAAGUUUGACUGAGUAUCGUUAAAUCAAAUACCAAGUAACCACAAUGGCUAAUCUGAGCCAGGGAACUCAUUACCGUUACUCUAUUUCAUCUUUCUUGGGGAAUAAAACGCCAAAUAUGCCGUGUAAUCCACUACACCUCAUGAAACGUCUCGUAUAGUUCAAGUGACUAUGGCAACCAGAUGUCAAUUUAUAAAUUCUGAAAGAAAACCCUUGAGUCUUCUUCCUAAAACGUCUGCACGAUCCACUUGUGGAGCAUUUGCUUAGUGAUCGUUUUUUUUUUUAAAUUUAUUUUGGACCUGCGAUAUCUUUGAUUCAUUGAAGUUGUUUUACUUUGUAUUGUAUACUCGAUAAUUCAGAUUAAUUUUAACGUUACAGAUUAUUUAAAUAUGAUCCGCAGGCACAUUUUUACGCACGGUUUCUUUUUUAGGUUGGUUACUGCAGUGUGAGAUGCCAGAAGCUUCAUUGGCAGUCUCACAAGAAGUUUUGUAAGCAGCUGGCCAAAGACUACGAAGAACAGCUUGCUGCACAGUUGGCAGAAGAAAAACUCGAGGCCGGAAUAAGCCUCAAAACUCAGCAAGAAAAGCCAAGCCUCGUGAAUGGUGAAAAGAAACCUUCGGCCAACCGGAAAAGCGACGAAGCUGUAAACAGCCAUAAAUUAAAAACUGAAAACGAUCAAAACACAAACACUGGAACUAAUGGCGACAUAGAAGGCACAAAUUCAUCGGAGAGUUAACGCAGAAAAGGUUGAUAUUGACGGAACGUGGAGAAACUGCGAUGAUAGUUGGCUUAGACUUGUAACCGAAGAAUGUUUUUUAACCCUUUUACUCCCAAGAUCCAAGAAGUGAUUCUCCCUUCUGAAUGCCAUACAUUGCCUUGUAAAUACGACAGGAGAACUUGGUUUUGUAUUGUGCUCUAACUGACAAGCUCUUCUGUUCUCGUAACUUGUGAGCAGAAUGUUGUACUGAAAUCGUGUGAAGAGUACCUCUAUCUGUUUGGAGGUUCAAAAUAACUGCCCCACAGUAACACCUAGCUGCGAUGAAAAACGUAAGUAGAGGAAACGCUGAACACGAAAGGAACCAGAAUAUAAAGGAUUAAAAGAUUAAUGUGGAUUGCAUUUGUCAAUCUUGAAAAAGUGCGUGCUUGAUUUUCAAGAUUUAAAAAACACUGUCCGAGCUUCUUUAACGCCAUGUUUUCAAGGUCUAGUUCACUUUUGGGCAUCACGGAUUUUUUUGUCCCCAUCUGUCUGUUUUCCUUCGAAGUAUCUUUCAUAAGACUGUGAAAAUCUUCUCAAGAAGAAUCCGACCUCAAGACGUACACUAGUUAUUUAAAAGAAUGUAAGGGUUGUAUUGUUCGCGUUUUCAUGGGUUUAUCUCAGUCACUCGGCUGUUGAAUAUGUAAACGGAGAUAAGUCAUUGUUCACGGACAGUUUUACUCUGAAGGCCAUUUAGGAGAAAGUUCGAUUACGUUUAUCGUAAUUAACAUUCCAUGCGGUUA